AAUGAGAUGUCGGAAAUUGCAACGAACCCCAAUAAGCGGCGGUCGAGGCACGAUGAAACAGAUCAAGUCGACACUGCCGAUGAUGGCCCGGCGGCGCGGAAGAGGAGGACUUUCCUACAGACAAUGGGCCAGCAAUUGAGGGAAUACGGACCGCAAGCUUCUAGUCCGAGAGAUCAGCAUCGUGGUUCAUUCGGCACAAGUCCUCGAAAUCAAGGAGGCCCGCCUACAGCCGGCUCGUCUCAUGUUUCCGACGCCAGAAACCUCAUCGAUACGCCGGAAAGCGAUGCCGCACCAGGAGAAACCGACGCAAGAACAGGAAACGCCCAAAAUGCCUCUAAAUGGCUUUGGCGGCCGCACGAAGUUCUUCCGAUCGGGAACUCAGCUAGUACAGUACACUGCACCUUCCAAGACUUACUAGAAUGGUCGCAGAAUUAUUUUGACCACUGGCACCCUGCAUUUCCUUUCAUCCACGCCCCUUCCAUCCUUGAAUUCUUCCGACAGGUUGUGCAGAGUGAUCUUAGCACCCAGUAUCCUGCUUUCGAUCUGCAGUUGACCAUGUUACGGGCCAUCGUAUCCAUUUCCCUCAUGGAUGCACGGCAAAUGUCUACUAGACCCAAGCCAGUUCCCCAAACCCUUGUUUUUCCUUCUUACAAAGACGCCAUUGACAGUGUUCGACAAAUUCUCAUCGAGGAGACUUCCAUUCUUUCGCUCCAAACUCUUGUUAGCGUACAAGUUUUCCUAAUUUCAAUGCUUCGAUAUAACGCAGCUUCUCGACUGGAAGGACUUGCCGUUCGCAUGGCCUUUCAACUUCAUCUCCACCACUGUCCCGUACGGAUGGGAGGCGACGCGGCGGCUGAGGCCGAGCUUCGGAAGCGACUUUUCUGGUCCAUCUUUUGUAUAGACCGUUAUAUCUGCAUUCGAUUAGGAAUUCCACUAGGUAUACGCUCCGCAGACGUCGAUGUGUGCUACCCACAUUCGGAAAAACACGGCGCAAAAUCGCCCACCGAAGAGCGAGAUCAUCGGUUGGAUCUAUUAGACUUUCUCGCCCGUCAUGCCGAGAUUCGAGGGUCAAUUAUGGAGCUUCGCAAUCGGGCUGCACUCGAUAGUACCGCCACUGAAUCUGAUACCAUCAUGCGAAUCGAGGCUGAGCACACCAAAUGGUGGAACUAUAUUGAUGAGUACUUAUCUGACAGCGAUCCCGCGUCAUCCAUUUCACAACCUCACCAGAUUACACUAGUAGUCCUGAGGUUUGAGCUAGUCAUAGCUCUCCAUCGCUCAGUCCUCGCUACCUCCAACAAAAAUGCUGCGUAUAGUGUUGCGCUCCAGAGGUGCAUUUCAGCCUCGAGAUCAAUUAUAAACAGACUGUAUAAAGCGCUUCAAGACUUCGGUGACAGUAGCAGCGCGUUGAAUUCUGCCGGGAAACCAAGUGGUCCGUUGAUGUGGCCAUCUUUUACCUGGGCCCUGUGGAUGAGCGCUUUCAUAGUGAUAUUCUCUGCGACGGAAGAUCAGCUUCCACGGGAAGUUGCCAUGAGACUCUCGGGACGAAGUAUCGAGAUCUUGAAGCACAUUGCAUUGAGGGGGACAAAUUGGCCUGAAGCUUGUAUUGUGGCUAUUCAGAACUUGAUGUCAAGACUGGAAAAUCCUUCCAAUUUCUCCUCUAGGAAUUCGAUUGCUGGAACGUCGCAAAAUCAACAAGCGUCAAGCGGAACCGCUGAACAAAAUGCUAGAAACCGAUUUCCCACGCCGAAUGGGCGAUUGCCCAAUACAUCUUCCCCAAUGCCACCUAUCCCCCCGCAGGUAUCAGCAGGAGCUGUUCCAGCCUUCGUUCCACCGGGUCACGCAAACGACUUUGGUGCACUUCCUUACACCAAUGCCGCUUACGGAACAUCUCUACAUCCUUCAAUCAACUUCGCGAACUCACAUCUUGGAAGUUCAGGAAACUUUCUUGGUAUCGCACAACAACUGUCAGACAACCCGAUUCCCAAUCAAGAUAUAAUGACUUUGUUUAACGGUGAAGAUAUGGGAUUUUUCAUGGGGGAUGAUAUGAACUUUGCGGAAGGUAUGUAA